UCGGAACGCACCGGAGGCUCACCCGUGACCAUCAGCAGUAACGCUCCCACCGUCCACAUCAUCGCCACCGGCGGGAGCAUCGCCGGUGUGGGUCCCGACCGCAUGGACUACACCCGCUAUCCGGAAAUCGGCGACCAUCUGACCAUCGAACAAAACCUGGCCCGUGUUCCCGAGAUCGGCGAUAACUUCAACGUCAUCGCCGAGGACAUGGUCAGCGUGGGCAGCACCGCCAUCGGCCCGGCCAACUGGAUCGCCCUGGCCGAGCGGAUUCAUGCCAUCGUACGCGACGAACCCGAUACCGCCGGCAUCGUAAUCACCCACGGUACCGCCACCCUGGAAGAAACCGCCUACUUCCUGCACCUGACCGUCAAAACCGACCGACCCGUUGUGAUAACCGGCGCCAUGCGACCACCCACUUCCAUCAGCACCGACGCCGACCUGAACCUGCUGGACGCCGUGCGUAUCGCCGCCACAGCCGAAUCAACCGGCAUGGGUGUGCUGACGGUGUUGAACAACGAGAUACACUGCGCACGUGAGGUGUACAAGACCAACACCCUGAGAGUGGAGACGUUCAAGCCCAAUGAGCUGGGUUUCCUGGGCUAUGCCGAUUCCGACCACCGCGUUGUUUUCUACCGGCGACCCGUCCGCAGGCACACCACCGAUACCCCGUUCGCGGUGGAUGGGCGUGCCGACCUGCCUCGGGUGGACAUUGUGUACGCCUACGCCGGCGCCGACGGGAUGCUGAUCGACGCCGUAAGAGCCCACGGUUCGGCAGGCCUGGUGCUGGCCGGAUUCGGCGCCGGCACGUUCCCGCCGGCAGUCAUCGACGCCGCCGAGAGAGCCGUGUCCGACGGGAUGCCGGUGGUGCUGGCCAGCCGUUCCAGCGCCGGCCGCGUGGUGAUGACGCCGCGCAAAGAGGAACAGGGGUUCAUUGUCUCCGACAACCUGAUGCCGCAGAAAGCCCGCCUCCUGCUCAUGCUGGGCCUGACUGUGACCACCGACCGCGCCGAGCUGCAGCAGAUGUUCUACGAAUUCUAG